AUGCCUCCAGCUAGGCGAAUGAGGAAGGGGACGCAUAGCUGCGUGUCGUGCCGACGACGGAAGGUCCGCUGUAUCUUCCCUCCAAGUAACUCAGAAAGAUGCAUUCACUGUGCAAGGCGAGGAUCUACGUGUGUCCCACAGGGGUCGGACGAAUCCCAGCUUAACUAUGACUCGAAUCAAACAUCUUCAGGAGUCUCACCCAGUGCCCCAAUAACUGGCGAGAAUCCCUUCGACGGCCAUUCGGAUGGGUCGGUUCAUGUUAUUGGAGCACUACUAGCCCAACUAAAUGACAGAGCCAGGUUAUCUCUUAAGAAAGAUCAACAAUAUGCAAUGGACGCGGCUGUCAACAGCGCAGUCAUCAACCCAGAUACUGUGCAAAGUGGAUGUGCGCCGAUCAUGAAGUUAUUAAAUCAUGAACUAAUUAGUCAGCCUCAGCCGGACAAAGAGGCUUUUCCCAGGUCGGCAAUUCCACCACGUAAAGACAGCACGCGCCAUAGUUCUGCACAACAUAUAGAACGGGCUGAUGUUAUAUACAGACUUUGUCUGGCGUUGCCAUCCGAAUCAGAGAUGAUCGAGAUCUUUCGGACUCGAAGUCAUUGGUGGCGAACAUGGCGGGAGUCCUUUGCGCUGGGUUGGGGCGAAGAAGAUGAUACUGACCUCCAGAGCUUCGCAAUGCGGGCGUUCCAUACUGGACAUCCUUGCCUCUUGGCAAUAUUGCUACUGUGUUUCGCAUUUAGUACCGGUGACUUUGGGAAGUACCUCCGUCCGGUAGAACAGUUGAUCCUAUACGAUGAUAAUGUAGCUGGUGGUAGAUAUGGUCUCCAAUGUUUGAUGGCAUUAGGGCUAUGUUAUAUGAGUUCCCUGCAGCCUCGGCGAGCCUGGAUCGCGUACCGCAGGGCCAACACCCUGGCCCAACUUGCCGGUAUCCACCAGAAGCAUAGGAACUCGGCACUCGUAGAUUCAUUGUUUUGGCAACUGUUUAGUGCAGAUCGGUGGGUAAGCCUGAUGAUUGGGCUUCCGUACUCGAUCCCAGAGAACCUUUGCGACCUAUACAUUCCUUCUUUGAAAGAGACUUCGCCGAUCAUUUUCCAUGCUCGACAUCUAUCUGUGUUGACCGGUCGCGUCAUUGAUUGCUUGCAGAUCAACAAAGAGCCAACACUUUCGUCGGUCAUUAGAGCUGAUGAACAGAUUGACGAGAUUACCUCGCAACUCCUGGUGGGAUAUCUAGAAAUGGAGCAGAUAUCUAUUUGCCAGGAUAUUCCUGAGAAACAUGCACGGCUGUACCGGCUGGCAAACAUCCAUCAGCUAAAGGCACAUUUAUACUUGCCAUUUUUCUUACAAUCUUCGGGCAUAAGUGGGCAAGAACAUGGCCGAGCGUCGUGCAUAAAAAGUGCACGGUCGCUGCUCGAGGCUUACUUAUGUUUGUAUGAGAGCGAUCCUACCACAGCGCGCAUCGACAACAGCGUAAAGCUCUCCGGAUUCUCAGCACUUACCGCUGCGGUCAUUCUCUUCCUUCAUCUCCUCGGGCGACAUCCUUUUCGGGAGAAAAAGUCGAAACCGGGCCCGGACUUAUAUGAUCAGUCUCUCAUCAACCGGACGCUUUCUGCCCUCAAGGAUUGCUCCGAAGGCCAACCACACUCGUUGAGUGGUCAAUGCCAUACAGCCCUAGAAGAGCUAGUAGCAAGCAGUCAAUCAUUAGAAAAGGGGACUGGUCGUCAAAUUGCCGUGCCGUAUUUUGGUAUCGUGACAGUAAAUCGUGAAUGUGAUGACGCUGAUGAAAGAGAGGAUGAAACCUGGGAAGACAUUCCGACAGGGCUCGACGUGUCCGAGCCAGUGACUACGGGUCCAGGGCAAUAUAAUUUCCCAAUCUCGUUUGAUGACCUAUUGUUUUCAUACGUUGGUCCGUGGGUGGUCCCAAAUCCGAUGCCUGUGGACUUGGCUGUGGAUCAGGUUGAUGCGGGGUUGGACUGGAUGUCAGAGCUCAACUCUAGCGGUAAUAUCCGAGAGUAA